AUGGCAGCUCGAGCACGUUACGUGGAGCACGUCGCUUCAGAUCCCUGCCUUUACCAGAAGUGCCGGGUACCGACUCGACUCCGAGAGGAUGAUGAAGUCGACACCGACAAAGAAGAUGGACAUGGUCCAUGGAGCGUUCCUGUUGUUCGGGUGAGCUGUGAUGAAGCCGACAGCGAGGCUACUGAUGACGAGCCUCCGAGAAAGAGGCUUCCAAGGGUGGGCAGCCGCCAGCAGCACGCGGCCGUGAGGGCACAAAGCCAGCAAUCGCAGCUGUCGUGGAUGCUGAAGUCCACCUGGAGUCAUCCUCCCCGCGUGCUGUGCGUGACCCGGCGCCACCUCCGCAAGGGAAAGUACGUGGACUUCCUCGGGGAGUACCACCUGGAUCUCAUCCAGCUGAACGGGGGGGCUGCCAUCAUGAUCCCACGCACGAACCUCACACUCCCCUGCCUGGCGGAGUACUUGCCAAUGGAUGGUUUGCUCGUGGUGGAGGGAAACGACAUCUCAGACGAGGUGCUGCGCAAGUACCGCUGCAGUGCGCCCGAGCGCCUCGAGGCAUCAGCUGCCAUGAAGUGGGCCAGCGACACCGAGUUCGACAUCUCGAAAGAUGAGCUGGAGUUUGCCCUCAUGCAAUUGGCCCUCAGCUUUGGCUGCCCGAUCCUCUCGCUCUGCCGGGGCUCGCAGAUGCUGAAUGUUCUGAGAGGAGGGACCCUCAUCGGGGAUAUCGAAAAAGACGUCCCGGGCGCCAUUGUGCACUUGAAAGAUGCAGCAGAUCCGUCAUACGACUCCUACAGGCAUCCAAUCCAGGUCCUGCCAGGCACUCCCCUGGCAUCCUGGUUCCACGACUCCCUGGUGGAUGGCAACGAGCUCCAAGUGAAUUCAUACCACCACCAAGGGGUGGCGACCCUGGGCCGAAAUUUGAAGCCCAUGGCCUACGCCCCAGAUGGAGUGCUGGAAGGCUUCUAUGACUGCCGCUACAGCCCACAAGAAGGACGUUUCACAGUAGGAUUGCAGUUCCAUCCAGAACGGAUGCUGGGAGACUAUCCCGGAUGCAAGGCAGUUUAUGACGACUUCAUGAUGGCAUGCAAGAGUUUCAAGGUACAGACCCAGGUCCUCAUCUCCCUACUGUUGCAACUGCCGCAGGUGGCAGCGGAGGUCGGCAACAGCGACUGUCAGCGAGCCAUGUUCUCUGGAACCUGGGCAACGCCCGUGUGCAAGACCACAGCAUCUCAGGCAGAACAAAGGAGCUUGCAGUCACCAGGCGCAGUGCGAGGGUCGGAGCGGCCGACCGCUGGCAGCUCGGUGGAGGUGAUCAACGCGGAGAACUUGCCGCGGGAGGACCUGUGCAUCUUUGAGGGCACCUCUGAUCCGUUCGUGGAGGUCGUCGCGACCUCCGCGAAUGGGUUCUGCUUCCGCCAGCAGAGCAAGGUGCAAAUAAGGACUCUGAACCCGAAGUGGUCCGAGGUCUUUGAGCUCCCGGUCGCCAGGACGCCAGAUGCUCUCAAAGAGGCUUUUGCCCCGCACCCGGGGCAGACGCAGCCAGGGUUCAUGGUGCUCAAGGGUAGUGCCCUUAUCGUGCAGCUUCGUCCAGCCUAUAGUCGAGGACGUGCCGUCUUGAAUGCCACAAAAAUAGUCAUCAUGAGCCAUGGCCGUCGCUUGCAGCCUUUGCUGCUCCUCCCUCUUGCUGCAGCAGUGGUGCACAUACCUCUCACUGCGAAGCAUGGGCGCCGAGGGGCACUAGGUGCGAAGUUCCUGGGCACGCAGAAUGUCACCAAUUUCGUUGCGAACGGGUGGCAAUCGGAAGCGGCACCAUCAGACGUGAACGUGCACUUGCGGAAUCGGGAGACGUUCUACACUGCAUCGAUGCAGGUCGGCACGCCGCCCGUCGCAGUGCGGAUGCUGGUCGACUCGGGCUCCAGCAACAUGUGGCUGAAGCAGCGAUCUGAAUUCAGCAUCAUGGAGCUUGACUCCGUCGACUUUGACCUCGGACUCAGGCCGCCCCCGGUGCACUUCACCUAUGGCGUGGGCGAAAUCUCCGGCGCAGCAGCGUCUGGCCAAGUAUGCCUUGGCAGUCUCUGCGUGCCACACCAGGAUUUCCUGCUGGCGCAGGUGAUCAAUCAUAUUGGCAACUUGCAGGACUUCGAUGGCUUCCUGGGCUUGGCCUUCCCGCAGAUGCUGGAUGUAGGCCGAAGGACCUUUCUCCAGCAGCUGCAAGAAGAAGGCGGCUUUCGGAACCUGGGCUUCGCCCUGUGCCUCCGUGGGGAGCGGGGCUCGAGCUCACUUUCCUUGGGGGAGGUCGAGGACCUCAUCCAGGAGUUCCGCCACUAUGCCCUUGCGCUGGAAGCAUUGCUGCUACUGUCCCUCGUUGCUUUUGGAGCGUAUCGCUUUAUGCACAUAUUUGCAUCUAAAGCCCCACCUGUGGAAUCUUCGGUGCAAGCGUGGCAAAGCUUCGGAAAGUGGGCAGUCUGCCACGAGGAGUAUGCGCCAAGAGCUGGAGUGGGAUUCUUUGAUACUGUGGAUGGUACGGAAGCCAGGCUUGCUCCCGAGCAGAUGGCUCCAAAACUUAACCAUGCCAGAUCAGUUGAAGCAGCCUCCUCGCGCAUUUCCACACAGACCGUGGAACUUACUGGGCAGCAAUUGCACUGCUCAGUAGUUGACAUGGGCAACCUACCAGACGUCGUGGUACCACCAGCACGUUGGGCCAUCUGCGGUGAGGAUGCCAGAAUCGGCUGGCAUUCGCAGUUGUUCGUCAUGAGCGGUGGGUCAUGGAAUGUGGUGAGGCAAGUGUGGCCGCAGUUUUUCGAAGUUCGAUCUCUCACAAGCUAUGUCCGUGGGUAUGAUUUUGGGUACACAUCUCGCGAAGAUCGUUACUUCACUACUAUUUCAAGGGGUUCCACACAGUCUCAUGCUGAUCCAUCCCAGGUCUGCAGGUGGCAAGGUGGCACUAGCCCCGAGCCAUCAACAACAGCUGCGUUUGUUCUGGUCAUUGAUUACGACAUUGCAGUCACCAUAGAACAAGACAUGCUUCCACAACUGUUCUCUUUGCUUAGCAGCCUUGGCGGUUACAUGUCCUUGGUAAUCUUAAUCUUUCGAUGUGCAUUUGUGCAGCGCUAUCCCGAAAGUGACAUUGCUCAGACGUUCCAAGAGCGCACGCUGUUGGGGCACCACGAACGGGGAAAUCCAGAGACACUGCCAAGUGCAAGAUGCACGCAAUCGAAUGGCGGAAGACGCAAGGGAAAGAUGUGGAGUCCUGGCUGUGCAGCCUGA